ACGUUUUGAAAACUCAAUCUGCGCCACUCAUUUUGAUGCCAAAAUUGCAUCCAUUCUUUUUGGUCCAUCCGCCAAUCUCCCAAAUUCCUUUCCAUUCCCAUUUUCUCCUUCGCCGUCUCGCUCCGCCUCGAUCACGCAGGCAGACCUCAUGGCCGCUGCAAUCCUCGAGUCGCUGAUCGUCCCGUCCCAUCCCACCGCCGCGCCGAGAGCCGGCCGUCGAGCGGGGGUCAUCCCCCGGUUCAGCGGCCUCAGAUGCGGUUCGCUUCCCCCCAGGAUAACGGCGUCGAGAUCGAGGGCCGUCAUCAGGAGGGUGGCCGCCGUCGUCUGCGAGGCGCAGGAAACCGCGGUCCAGCUCCCAGAGAUAUCGAAAGAUGCAUGGCAAACACGCGUUCUGGGUUCGGAUGUUCCAGUUCUGAUCGACUUUUGGGCUCCUUGGUGCGGACCAUGUCGAAUGAUCGAGCCGACCAUAGCCAAACUAGCAAAGGUUUACGAAGGCAAGCUGAAAUGUUACAAGCUCAACACUGACGAAAACCCUGAAAUAGCUAAUCAAUACGGAAUCCGGAGCAUCCCGACUGUAAUGAUCUUCAAAAAUGGAGAGAAGAAGGAUACUGUGAUCGGAGCUGUGCCGGAAUCUACUCUGGCCAGUUCUAUCGAAAAGUUCAUCUAGUGUCACAAAUUUUUUUUGCAUUCAGCUCUCUGUAUUGCUGUGCAUAUUGUGUUUAUAUUGCUUGUUUCUGUAAGAAGCAUUGGCUGAAAUCUAAAUGUCUGCUUUGGAUUA